AGCCCGCGCGCAGCAGCUCAGCUCAGCUCGCCUCCGGACGCGACCAACUAGACAGCGCGCGAUGGUGGGCUACAGCGCGGCCGGCGUCGUCCUCCUGGCCGCGGCCGCGCUACUCGCCGCGGCGGCGAGGGCGGGGGACGCCGACCAGACGUGGAAGUGUUUCAGCUCGUGCUCGAAGGCUUGCCACGACGACGACGACCACGCUGCCCCCAAGGACGACGGCCCCUAUGGGGACGUGGCCAACGUCUCCGUCGGCGCCGUCACCGGCGAGUGCAAGGGCGGGUGCCGGAGCGACGAGUGCUUCGAGGGCGUGCCGGCCAUCGGCUACCACCAGUGCGUCUACACCGCUUGCCUCUCAUAUUCGUGGCAUAAAGAAGAGAAGAGGACGUGCUUGAAGCACUGUUGCCAUAAAUGCUUCCACCACCAUACCCCUCCUGGGCCUGGCCCUGCCCCGAAGCCGCCGUCCCCGGAGCCACCAUCUCCAACUCCACCUGGUCCCGCCCCCGAGCCGCCAUCUCCGCCCGGUCCCGCUCCGGAGCCGCCAUCUCCAACUCCACCUGAACCCGCACCGGAGCCGCCAUCUCCACCUCCACCUGAGCCCGCACCGGAGCCGCCAUCGCCAUCUCCACCUGGACCCGCUGCGGAACCGCCAUCUCCGACUCCACCUGGUCCCGCCCUAGAGCCGCCAUCUCCGCCAAAUUAAGCAGAAGACGUCUUGGAUCUUUGCUUGGAUGGGAUUUCCUGUGUAGCUAGGCUUUUGUGGGUAGCAACUAGCAAGGCUUGCCAUACUCUUUGUGGAGCGCUGAAAGCUAAUCUAUUGCUCCUUGCACACGUCGUACUUGACUGGUAUCCAUGCUUAGUUCUAAGAUUUGAUCACAAAUGAGGAGUUUGUUCUCAAGAGUCGCUACUCGAUUAUUGUAACAUCAUUCCACAAUUCUCAUGCAAAAAGAAACAAAUAAGACAUGUGUGA